CUUCCUGACGCCAUAGAGUCCAGUGCGACGACCAGCCCCUCCCCGGAGAUGGGGGAUGCUGGGGAGAAGGGUUUGGACAACGAUGCCGAAGGGGUCUGGAGCCCCGACAUUGAGCAGAGUUUCCAGGAGGCGCUGGCCAUCUACCCACCUUGCGGGAGGCGCAAGAUCAUUCUUUCGGACGAGGGGAAGAUGUACGGUCGCAACGAACUCAUAGCCCGCUACAUCAAACUGAGAACAGGGAAAACACGGACGAGAAAACAGGUCUCCAGCCACAUCCAAGUACUGGCGCGACGGAAAACCCGUGAGAUUCAGGCAAAGCUCAAGGACCAGGUCGCGAAGGACAAAGCCCUCCAGACCAUGGCAGCCAUGUCUUCUGCUCAGCUGGUGUCUGCCACGGUCCUUCAGGAAAAACUGGGACUGUCAGAAGCCCACUAUCCACCCACCACCACAGCGACAGAGUUCUUCCAGUUGUGGACGGGAGAUGCCAACCAGCCUCAGACUACUCCUGAUAUCAAGCCCAUCCUCCAGGCACCAUAUACCAUCCCUCUGAUCACAGCGCCCCCUGCUGCCCCAGGUUAUCACCCACCUGCAGGGAGACUAUCCUGCCUCCCCAGUACAACCUCUUGGCAGGGAAGCCACAUUGGUACGGAGACGCUCCAACUGGUGGAAUUCACAGCUUUCGUGGAGCAGCAGGGCGAACAAGAUCCGCAGCAGCAUCGUUUUGUGCACAUUGACCCAGCGCCUGCCACUGACCCACCCCUGGAGAUGGUGGAUGUACGCCAAAUCUACGACAAGUUCCCAGAACGAGGAGGCGGGCUGCGAGACUUGUACGAACAAGGGCCUCCCCAUGCCUUCUUCUUGGUCAAGUUCUGGGCUGACUUGAGCUUUCCCCUCCCCGAAGAAGAGCCAGGGGGCACAGGAGGGGCCUUCUAUGGGGUGAGCAGCCGAUACGAGGGCCCACGGGCUCUGACUCUGAGUUGCACCUCCAAGGUCUGCUCCUUUGGCAAACAGGUGGUGGAGAAACUGGAGACAGCUGAGCCGCCCCAUUGGGAAGACGGACGCUUUGUUUUCUGCCUGCCGCGCUCUCCUCUCUGCGAGUACCUCAUCAAUUUUAUCCGCAAACUGCGGACGCUGCCGGAAAAGCCAAUGAUGGACAGUGUGCUUGAAAACUUCACCAUCCUGCAGGUUUUGCGGGAUCAAGAAACUCAGGAAUUGCUGUUGUGCGUGGCUUUUGUGUUCGAAGUCUCCGCCAGUGAGCGGGGAGCACAGUACCACAUCUAUCGGCUGGGCCGGGACUGACGGACAGUUUUACCUCAACGUUGCCGCAACUGGAAACAGGC